CGGAGCUCUGUCCUGGUUAUCUUUGAGAUGGAGGAGCAGCUGAACAUUCUCAGAGAAUGUCAUGAUGACAAUGGGCAUAAAGGAGUUACAUCAGUCAUCAAAACCAUUGGUUCCAGAUACUACUGGCCCAGCUGGACACUCCAUGUUACAGAUUAUUGUCUGUCCUGUCAACAAUGUCAGCAAAGCAACAUUACACUAAAGCAGCAGCCUGUUGGAGAGCUACAUCCAAUUCCAGUUAUCAAAGAUCUGUGGAGGCAAUGGGGCAUUGACUACAUUGGGCCUUUUGCUGAAACUGUAUCUGGAAACAGAUACAUUAUUGCUGCAACUGACUACUUUAGCAAGUGGCCGGAGGCAAUGGCUGUUGCAAAGAAUGAUGCACAAACUACUGCAAAGUUUCUGCACAGUUUGUACUGUCGAUAUGGAGCAGCUGAUGUGUUAAUCUCAGACAGGGGAUCUCACUUUUGUAAUAAGGUAAUGGAGGAAAUGAACACAUACUUUGGUGUAAAGCAUAAAGUGUCUACUCCCUAUCAUCCCCAGACAAAUGGACUGCAAGAACGAACAAAUCAAACAAUUGAGAGGGCUCUGCAGAAACUGAAACAGGAUACCAACAACUGGGAUAUCCACCUCGAGGCUGCGUUAUUUGGUAUCCGACAGGCGAAUUCAAAUGUAACAAAGUCUUCACCAUAUGAGAUUGCAUUUGGAAGAGAGCCAACCCUUCCAUCAGAAUUAAACCUAAAAGAGAGCAUCAGUCCAAACCAGGCUACAGAGGCCCUUGUAAACAACCUGAACAACUUUAGGCAAAAACUGCAAGAUUCUGUCAACGAAAACAUCAAGACUGCACAGUGUAGGAUGAAAGAGGCACAGCAGAGAAAAGUUACAACAAGACUGAAGUUCAAACCAGGAGAUAUUGUAUAUCGGAGGAACUGUAGAAAACUGCAGCGGAAACAAUCCAAGCUCAAGGAGUUAAACUGGAUAGGACCAUACACUAUUGAUUCCAUUUCAAAAAGUGGUGUAGCAGUUCUGAAAGAUAAAACUGGAUCAAGACUUAAAACGAAAUGUAGCACUGCAAAUUUGAAACUGCAGAGGAAAAGACCUGGACAUUUGCAGACAAAGAGGAAGCCUGAACGUGUUACGAUAGCAACAGGCACUGACCCCACCCAGGCCACCAGGAACCUGCACCAGCAAACAGUGAACACCACCGACCAGCCUCUCAGGGAGGAAAGCCAAACUCUGUUGGGACCUAAGGCCUCCGAAAAGUCUAACACUGCCACCAUAAAGAAGUCUCUCAGGGGGAAACGAAAACAUGCACAAGAAGAUAGCAACACCACAGAGUCGACCCAGGUCAAGAGGGAUAAGAUUAGGAACCAACAGGAAAGUACAGGCAACAAAGAACCCUCCUGUGAGAUGUCAUUCCUAACAGAUGCUAAAGAAGACAUUCAGCAAAGGAUAGUAGAAUUUCUCCAAACAGACUUGGUAGCAGCUAUCCAAACAUCUUUGAUGAAGAAGAAAAUGCCAUCUAUCACAAGCCCUUCACAGAUGCCAGUCUGCAACUCCGAUUUAAGGCUAUCCAUGAUUAAGGAUAUGAACAACAAAGACGAAGAGGCGUUUGAUUUUAUAUUUGACCAAGUUAUCCAGGAGAUCAGUGGCAAAGAUUUGGGAGAAAAAACCAGUGUUGCCAUGCUGUCAUCAGCAGUCAUCCUUGCAUCCUGCAUAAAAAGAAUGCCACUGGUAGAGAUUAUGGACACAAUUAAGGAAGACCCUAGUCAUCUCCAGAAGAUAGGCAUCCGACCAACUGGAAAACUGCCAGCAUCAAAAAGAUUAGUGAUUGCCAACAAUUCGAUCUAUGCCAAGGAUCUUCUUUGCCUAGAUGGAGAAGAAUGGCUCGAUGAUACUGUCAUCCAUGCAUAUCUUGGCCUUCUUCAAAAAGAGAGAUCACAGCAACAGAAAAAUGAGGUGUAUGUCCUCCCUUGCUUUUUGCAUGAGAAGUGGGUUCAGCGGGACUACCUGGGUUGGCUUUUCCCAAAUGUGAAACUGGCAACCUAUUCCUUCAUCAUCAUGCCUAUAUGUCGUCAUCAUCAUUGGAUGCUCUUGGUAGCAGAUGUAAGGAAUAGAACAUUGUCUAUCCUGGACUCACUGGGAGGUGAUCAUCCCGACAUAGAAAAUAAGUGGAGAAAGUAUAUGUUCACACGGGAGCGGUAUUUCCCAGAGGGAUUGGAGAAGUGGGUAUCCCUGAACCACCAUGUCAAUCUGCAGAAAGAUGGGAACAGCUGCGGAAUCUUCAUUCUCAUGUUUGCAGAGGCCAUUGUUUCUGGAACAAACCCAGGAAUAAUGCAGCAGGGCCACGUCAAGCGCUACAGACUUUACGUGAAGCAAAGAUUAACUGAAGGCUCAACAGAAGAUGAAGAAGUUUGUCAGAUUCCAUUUUGUGUUAAACCAAAGAAAGCAGUGUGGACCAGAUGUCAGGAUUGUGGAUUGUGGGUCCAUUUGCAGUGCUCAAAUAUAAAAGGGAGAAAAGUGACUGCAGACCAUGUUUGUAUCAUCUGCCUUUGGAGACAAGAGAGCAAGCUUUCAAGUUAGCAUGAGGAUGGAUCCUUGCUGGAAUUAUAGUGAAAAAGCAGCCAAAGAAUGUCACAUGUUUUGUUUUCAAAAUGAAAAAUCAUGAAUUUAAAAUCAAACUUUUGAAAGGUGCUAAUGAAUUUCUUCAGUAUUUGGGAAUUUUGUUGAAAAAUGUUCUAAACAACUGAAACUAGUUCAGUUUUGAAAGGAUUCAAUCAAAACACAGAUUUGACUGUAAAUGAACCAACACAGUUCUUUUAAAUAAACUAUUUACCACAAUUUUAUUGUAUUUUCUGGUGGACUUAAUGGGUUUUUUUUAUAUACAAGUUCAAAAUCAUUGAAAUUGGACUGAUAUCAUGAUUGAAAUUUUUGUACUUUAUGACACUGGCUAGGAGUAAGCUUAACCUAGCCUUUGAACUAAAUUAGGAUAUUCAAAUUUAUAAUUUAUUUGGUACCAUCACUUGGUUUUAUCAUGUUUUUUUUUUAUCAGUUUAUCAGUAUUAUGAUUAUCAGUUUAUCAGUGUUAUGAUUAUUAGUUUAUCAGUAUUAUGAAUCUCUAAACAUGAUAAAAAUCUAUCAUUAAUGUUGCCUUUUCUGAGAUUAUUGUUUUUAAGGUUUUGAAUUGUUUUGACUUGAAUACUUGUAUAUUUGAGGAGUUUGUAUGUAUUUAUUGUAUGGUUCUUUCUGUGUGCAUGACCAUGAUUCCAAUUUGUCAGCUAAAUAAUUCGUCAAAAAUUUUACUUUUUUGUAACAGAAAUCUUUGUUCAUGGAUUUUCAGAAGAGAUUUUUCAAAUUUUUUUUCGCUUACAUGUCUGUGUAAUUUUUGACUGUUGUGAAAGGAAACAGUAUUAAUCAUAAAUGGCAUCACCAAGUAAUCAUUUAUUUCUAUAAUUGAAAUAAUCUCCAGGCAUGUUAUGGUAUCAGUCUGUAUGUAUGAAAUAUGUAGAAUGAAAUAAAUUAUUUAACCAGGUAUUACA